AUGCCACCGGCUAUCGUGCAGCAGUUUGGCAACAUGCUGUCCUCCCGCUGGCGGCUUAAAAAAGAUGUAUCGCCGUCACUCAAGCAAAAGCCCUUGUACGAGGUAGCCAGGUACCCUCAAAUCGUCGGUAUUACCCCAGAGAACAACUCGUGCCUCAACCCAUCGAUGUCCUACGAGCACAUACUGGCAUGCGGACACAUCAUCAUAACAGCGAGGCCCGACGAGCCGUGCGCACCCAACUGCUAUCAUGUUGCCAGCAACAACUCAUCAAAGGACAAGGGAGAACUGGGAAGAAGCAAUAUUCUGAGAUUCUACUGCGAUGCCUGCGUAGAGACAGGUAGCGAGGCGCUCAUGUCCAAUGACCUGCCCUCGCUGGGGGCUGAGACCAUACGGCUUAAUAUGCGUCAUGGAAAGGUCGAUCUAUGCGGAAAGGAGCCAAGGUUUCGUAAAUGCUACAUCGCGCUCAAAAUAACCUCACUGCCCUGCAAUAGCGACGGUACAGUGAAAGGACAAUACACACCAAGGACGAAUCAUCACCCUUUCGAUACCACGAUCCCUCGAGUAGGCGACAACUUCUUCGAAGACGUGCUCACCAGCCCGGUGGAGGAGCUCAAUCCGACCAGCGAUAGUGGCGCGAGUGCAUCCGCAUCCACAUUCGAAGACGGCACUGAUGUUGACAGCAGCCCUGCGCAUCUUGGGGAAGGUGGCUCAAACUACCUCCGGUACACCCGAUCCAUCACAAAUAGCAAAGGAAAAGUAGCAGCACAGGAGGCUGAGCCAAUUCUGAACACGACCAGUAAGACUCCAUCGCGUCACGCUGGCAAGAACCCUCCCAUCGCACGGAGCGCCGAUACAGCCUUGCCUGUCCCUGCACAGUGGAAGCGGAAACGGCCCAUAGUCACUGAUGAAGACGAUGACUAUGUGGAUACUCUGGAGGAAGAGACAGUGGUUUUCAAAAGACUGGCGAAACGACACACGAAAUCUACUAUCGCAACAUCAACGGUACCGGCUGCGAAGACCAAGCCUGGGCGUCCUAUGAAAUCUGCGAUCAAUACGCCUCCAAAGCCAGCUACGAAGCGGAAAACUAGGAGGCUAACGAAGAAGCGUUCAUAG